GAAGAGAUAUAUUGCAUGAGCAUAAGCGUGUUCUGGAAACAAACAGAACAAAGUUGAUUCUUGUCACUGAAUUAAAACCUUCAACUCCCAUUCUAUUCCUUACCGUCAAAAAUUGUUCAUCUCGAUCUCUCUCCGCUUUUAACUCUGUUUGGUAAUUGAUAGGAAAGAGUAAUGUAUGGUGAAUUAAGUAAGAACUUGAGGAAAUACAAGCAUUGGUGAUAGACAUUCUUGAUUGAUUGUUCUGAGCGAGUGAGUGAUGGCAUGGUUUAGAGUUGCUUCCAGCAUAGUAAAGCAUGAUGCAAUUAGGAGAAAUCUCUAUCGAGGUGCGAAAAGGACCAGCACAGUCCUUCCAUCAACAAGUAGAAUUAGAAAAUUUCACACCACGGUUGUCAAAUCCAAAGAGCAAACUGCACCGGUGCCUCGCCCCGUGCCCCUUUCCAAGUUGACUGACAACUUCUUGGAUGGGACGAGCAGUGUCUAUUUAGAGGAGCUUCAAAGGGCUUGGGAAGCUGAUCCAGACAGUGUAGAUGAGUCCUGGGACAAUUUCUUCAGGAACUUUGUGGGUCAGGCUUCCACAUCCCCUGGAAUUUCUGGACAAACAAUCCAGGAGAGUAUGCAAUUGCUGUUGCUGGUGAGAGCAUACCAGGUUAAUGGCCACAUGAAAGCCAAGCUAGAUCCUCUGGGUCUGGAGGAACGAAAAGUCCCUGAUGAGUUAGACCCUGCCUUUUAUGGCUUCACUGAGGCUGAUCUUGACAGGGAAUUCUUUUUGGGUGUGUGGAAGAUGUCUGGCUUUUUGUCCGAAAAUCGCCCUGUGCAGACUCUUAGGUUCAUUUUGUCACGGCUUCAGCAAGCCUACUGUGGGAGCAUUGGCUACGAGUACAUGCACAUACCGGACCGUGAAAAAUGUAACUGGCUUAGGGACAGGAUUGAGACCCCUACACCUACACAGUAUAAUCGGGAGCGUCGCGAAGUUAUCUUUGAUAGGCUUGCCUGGAGUACACUUUUUGAAAAUUUCUUGGCCACCAAGUGGACUUCGGCAAAGAGGUUUGGGCUUGAAGGGGGAGAGAGUGUUAUUCCUGGCAUGAAAGAAAUGUUUGAUCGGGCAUCUGAUCUUGGGGUCGAGAGCAUUGUUAUGGGAAUGGCACAUAGGGGAAGAUUGAAUGUUUUGGGUAAUGUAGUACGGAAGCCACUUCGUCAGAUUUUUUGUGAGUUUAGUGGUGGUCAGCCUGCCGACGAAGUUGGGCUCUACACAGGAACUGGUGAUGUCAAAUAUCAUUUGGGAACAUCUUAUGAUCGCCCAACCAGGGGUGGGAGGAGGAUACAUUUAUCUUUGGUGGCAAAUCCUAGUCACUUGGAAGCAGUCAACCCACUUGUGGUUGGAAAAACUCGAGCAAAGCAAUAUUACUCCAAUGAUGUGGACAGAAUGAAAAACAUGGGGGUUUUGAUUCAUGGAGAUGGUAGUUUUGCUGGACAAGGUGUGGUCUAUGAAACCCUUCAUCUUAGCGCUCUUCCUAAUUACACUACUGGUGGGACUAUACAUAUUGUGUUCAACAAUCAAGUUGCAUUUACAACUGAUCCCAAGUCAGGAAGAUCUUCACAAUAUUGCACUGAUGUUGCCAAAGCAUUAAAUGCUCCAAUCUUUCAUGUGAAUGGUGAUGAUGUGGAAGCUGUUGUUCAUGUCUGUGAACUUGCAGCUGAAUGGCGCCAAACUUUCCAUUCUGAUGUGGUUGUUGACUUGGUGUGUUACCGUCGAUUUGGCCACAAUGAGAUUGAUGAACCAUCUUUCACACAGCCUAAAAUGUAUAAGGUCAUCCGAAACCAUCCAUCAGCUCUUGAGAUCUAUCAGAAAAAACUUUUGGAAUCAGGGGAGCUGACACAAGAAGACAUUGAUAAGAUACAUAAGAAGGUCACAUCAAUUUUAAAUGAUGAAUUUUUGGCUAGCAAAGAUUAUGUUCCAAAACGAAGAGAUUGGCUUUCAGCAUAUUGGUCUGGUUUCAAGUCACCUGAACAGAUUUCACGUAUUCGGAACACUGGUGUGAAACCAGAGAUCUUGAAAAGUGUUGGGAAAGCAAUCUCAAUCUUACCUAAAUUUUUUUCUCCUCAUAAAGCAGUGAAGAGAAUUUAUGAACAACGCGCCCAGAUGGUUGAAACAGGGGAAGAUAUUGACUGGGGAUUUGCAGAGGCACUUGCUUUUGCCACAUUGAUAGUUGAGGGUAACCAUGUUCGGUUAAGUGGUCAGGAUGUUGAAAGAGGAACGUUUAGUCACCGUCAUGCUGUAGUUCAUGAUCAGACAACUGGAGAGAUAUAUUGCCCCCUUGACCAUGUGAUAAAGAAUCAAAAUGAAGAGAUGUUUACUGUUAGCAAUAGCUCACUCUCUGAGUUUGGAGUUCUUGGAUUUGAAUUGGGUUACUCAAUGGAAAAUCCAAAUUCAUUGGUGAUCUGGGAGGCUCAAUUUGGUGAUUUUGCUAACGGGGCUCAAGUUAUAUUUGACAAUUUCUUGAGUUCUGGUGAGUCUAAGUGGCUCCGUCAGACUGGGCUUGUAGUGUUACUUCCUCAUGGUUAUGAUGGCAAGGGCCCUGAGCAUUCAAGUGGAAGAUUGGAACGCUUUCUUCAGAUGGCUGAUGACCAUCCUUAUGUUAUUCCUGAGAUGGAUCCUACUCUUCGGAAACAAAUUCAGGAAUGUAACUGGCAGAUUGUGAAUGUUACAACUCCAGCAAAUUUUUUCCAUGUUUUACGGCGGCAGAUACAUAGAGAAUUCCGUAAACCUCUCAUUGUGAUGUCACCUAAGAACCUGCUUCGUAGUAAGGCUUGUAGAUCAAAUUUAUCGGAGUUCGAUGAUGUUCAAGGACACCCAGGUUUUGACAAACAGGGCACUAGAUUUAAGCGCCUAAUAAAAGACCAAAAUAACCACUCAGAUGUUGAGGAGGGUAUCAGACGAUUAGUACUCUGCUCUGGAAAGGUUUACUAUGAACUCGAUGAACAACGAACAAAGGAAGAUGCAAAGGAUGUUGCAAUAUGUAGGGUGGAACAGCUUUGUCCUUUCCCUUAUGAUCUUGUCCAACGAGAGCUCAAAAGAUAUCCAAAUGCGGAGGUUGUUUGGUGUCAAGAAGAACCAAUGAACAUGGGUGGAUACACUUAUAUUUUACCCCGACUCAUAAGUUCCAUGAAGGCUGUAGGUAGGGGAGGUUAUGAAGAUGUCAAAUAUGUUGGUCGUGCUCCCUCUGCAGCCACAGCUACUGGUUUCCUCAAGGUUCACCUUAACGAGCAGGCUGAGCUAGUUCAGAAAGCCAUUCAACGUGAGCCAAUCAAUUUCCCUUACUGAGGCAUAGCAUAUACUUUGUUUCUCCAGAGUGAUGAAGGCAAUAAUUGGAGGGUAGCUUACAUACAAAAUUCUUAAUAUUUGCUUUUCACCUUUAUGUGUUCUGCCUUUGACAAGAUGUCAGGUAAGCUGAAAUUCAAGGUGUAUACUGUUUACUUCAGCUGAGGUAAAUUUUUUCUGUUACCAAGAGGUGAAACUUAGUCAAUUGUCCUCCAAUAAAUAAAAAUUGUUUUUUUUUGUGUGAUUAUUACUGUUAUUGCUUAGUAGUGUUUAAUAGUUUCAAUAUAGAACAACUGUGGCAUACGUUUUAAAUACUGAAUUCCCUUCAAGAUAGAACAACAAUUGUAAUUAAUAUGUCUGAAGCUGUGGAUUUUAACUA